AUGAACCCAGACCUCGCUCCCAAAGAAUCGGUGUACUCAUCUUCCUUUCCAGAAGGCUAUGGAGAUUUACCUUUUAUGUCUUCUAAUGGAGUAACUUUCCAUUUCCCUCGAUUUCUCUUGGCCCACGCAUCCCCUGUCUUCAAAGAUAUGGUGGAGCUCGGAGAGAAUGCGAAUAUCAGCGCCACUUUAACGCUCGCUGAGGAUCACAAAACGCUGGAAUAUCUGCUAUGUGUCAUUGACCCUGCUCAGGAUUUUCCACAUCUCGACUGGGACUAUGUGGCACGCCUCUUAAGUGCAGCUGACAAAUACCAAAUGAAAACUGUGACUCAAUGGUUCGAGAAAGAAGUCGCCGUUCAGAUGCUCUCACCUGCAGAGAUCUCAAUAGGUCAUCUAUGUCUUUGCCUAAACUUGGCGUGUGCGUUUGAAUUGGAUGGGACGAUGAAUAGGGCCCUCGAGCGACUCGUCAAGUGCCCACUUUCUAAUGUGGCGACAAGUAGCAAUGACCAUAAACAAGGGGCCAUCGAAGGCUUACUCAACCGUCGUUCUGAGCGAAUACUGUGGUUAAUUGAGGCAAUCCUCAGCAUUGACGGCGAUAUUACUUCCAGAUCUGGCCUGGAUAAAUGCCCAUUUCAUCGAAAUGGUAACAGAGGCUGGGUGCGUGCAGCAUUGAAAGGAGUUGUUCGCAAACCAAGCUGGGCAGCCUUGAUACGUGCUGCCAAAUGCCCGAAGAAUCAAUCUGGAAUGUUCAAGUGUACCUGUGAGCAACCUACAAUAUCCGUUUCCUGGAUGAAGAAAGCUCUGGAUAUUGAGGCCAGCUCUCCUCUUGCUGGUGAAUCGUAA